CUUCCCCUUUGAAGGAUGGCGUGCGCGCGCGCGCGCGCUGGGGGACUUCGUUCGAGUUUUCCUUGUGGCAACGACAACCGGUUUGUGUCGACUCAAGCGGAAACCGGCUGUGGUGUCUGCGCGCACGCGCGGUCUGAGGCUGCCUCGCGGAUCCGUUAAACGACGAGAGCGCGUCGGUACGGAGGCCGAGAAGAGCGGCGAGGCGGCGGAACAUCCCCACCCGUGAGCAUGGCGGCGUGCUAGAGAUGAGGACCGAAGAGAGUAGAGAGAGAGAGAGAGAGAGAGAGAGAGAGGGGGGAGGAAAACGCUAACAUGCUUUAAAAACACAGAUUAUAGUCUUUUGCUCGUGUAGGAUGGUGAGCUGAGCAGAUGGUGGGUUAUCGGUGAACGCGUCAAUUCAGCUGUUGCGGGUGGGCCGCCGGUGGACCGGGAGGCUCCGUGAUCAUGAAGCGCUGCGGCGGGACGCGCGUCUUUGUGCCAGGCGCGGAGAGACUCGUUUAAACGCACUCUCUCGUGCUCGGCGCUGCGUGACUUUCUAUUGCCUUUUUCUAUCCGUUGUGACCGGUGAGAUGCGCGAGUAUAAAGUGGUGGUCCUCGGGAGCGGCGGGGUCGGUAAAUCCGCCCUCACCGUGCAGUUCGUCACCGGGACGUUCAUCGAGAAGUACGACCCGACCAUCGAGGAUUUUUACCGUAAGGAGAUCGAGGUGGACUCGUCGCCGUCGGUGCUGGAGAUCCUGGACACGGCGGGCACGGAGCAGUUCGCGUCCAUGCGGGACCUGUACAUUAAAAACGGACAGGGCUUCAUUCUGGUCUACAGUCUGGUGAACCAGCAGAGCUUCCAGGACAUCAAACCCAUGAGAGACCAGAUCAUCCGAGUCAAGAGGUAUGAGAAGGUGCCGGUGAUCCUGGUGGGGAAUAAGGUGGAUCUGGAGAGCGAGCGGGAGGUGUCGGAGAGAGAGGGCCAGGCGCUGGCUGAGGAGUGGGGCUGUCCCUUCAUUGAGACUUCAGCCAAGAGUAAAACCAUGGUGGAUGAACUCUUCGCUGAGAUCGUACGGCAGAUGGACUACGCAGCCCAGCCGGAUAAAGACGAUCCGUGCUGCUCCUCCUGCAAUAUACAAUAACCCCCCAAACACACGCAGAACACACAUCACUGUAGCUUUGAUAGACGUUCUGAUGUCUGCGCUUGUCCAUCCUUCUGUAUCUACAGACUGACAGUGAUCUGGAGGAUUUUUGUCACUUGAAAUUCUUGUUGAUGAGACACAGAAGAGCGCUUGCUUUGGGUUUCAACAGAAUCCUUCAGCUGGGAUCAGUUGGACUUUUAUGUUUUGGGUUUUAUUGUGUUGAUGAUUUCAUCAAUCAAUUGGGAUUUUCAUUGAUGAUUGUCACAAGGUCUGAGAGAGAAAUAGAGAGAGAGAGAAUGUCUUCUUAAAGGAACAGUUCAUCCAAAAAUGAAAAUUCUGUCAUCAUUUACUCACCUUCGAGUCUGUUUACAUGUCUUUGUUCUGAUGAACACAGAGUAAGAUAUUUGGAAGAAUGCUUAUAACCAAACAGAUUUUGCCCCCCAUUGACUCCCACAGUAGGAAAAAUUACAAUGGUAGUCAAAAGUUCCCCAGAACUGUUUGCUGUCUGACAUUCUUCAAAAUAUCUUCUUUUGUGUUCAACAGAACAAAUAAAAUCGAAGGUGUGUAACUGAUGACAGAAUUUUUAUUUUAGGUGAAGUAUCCCUUUAAGCCUAUAGAAUUAUUUAAAACGGAUGUUUUUGAAAGUUAAAAUACUUUCUCCAGUCUCAGACACACCUGAAAGUCAUCCGUGAAUUGAUUUUAUCCACCCAAAUAAUGUUGACACACCUCGACUGAUAAAGGGUUUUAGGUGAGACUCUCUGACCAAUAACAGAUAGAAGGAGCUUUUCAGUUUGAUGAUGCUAGUGGUGCAGAAGUGUCUUUAAUGAUUUCAUAUUAAUUGUUGAUUUAAUAGAGGAAUGAUUCCAAAAUUCUGCUUCUCUUUACUUUAAUGCUGGUGUAUAAAACCAACAAAAACCAACUUAUUUCAAAUGAUAUAACCCUAGAAAGAUUUGUUGUAACGUGAAAAAUUCACUCAAGAUUGUAGUGAUGGUUAGGGUGCUGUCUUAGAAGAUGGCUCACUAGGUUCCAUCGACAGUCAGAUGUGAGAUAUUCUUCAUUUUUUCUGACUUUCGACCAUAAAUACAUUGAGAAAUAAUGUGGCGAUGCUAACAUGAGUCUUGUGCAGCCCAACUGCAGAGGAUCAAUGAUGCUGCAAACAACAGGUGUACUGUUAUCAAUGUCCGUUUUGUUGUUGUCAUCAUUUAUUUAUCUGUAUCUGCAAAUUGGGUUGAUUCGAGUGUUUUUCAUGAACUGUCUGUCUCGUUUGGUUCUGCUUUGUUCACGUGUUACACCCCCAUCAGUGCAAAGUUUGAAUUUGUGGGUUUUCCAAUCAAGUUUAAAAGUGGAGGUCUGACUGUCAACUUUCCAAGUUGGAAGUGGGAAUUUCUUUGCGAGUUGAAUUGAUAGGUCAUGGGUCUCUCUUCACCCGCGAACACAGAAUUCCAUCAAAAUUCAUUUCCAUUAUCUGAACAGGUCCUAUAGGGCUCAUUUGGUUCUCUCUCUUUUGCUCUCUCUCACACGUCACCAUCUCAGCUCUCUUUCUACAGUCUCAGCCCUGUUUCUUCUCAAUAUUCUGCAAUGCUUUAUGGCUGAUUAAUGCUGAUGAUGUUGUAAAUACAUUUGUAAAGAGGUUUUCUUGCUCUCCUCCUCAAGGCUGAACAGAGAGGUUAUGGAGAUGGAUGGCGUGUAUGUGUUUCAAUAGAGAGCUCUGAGUCAGUAUUCAUUUGAUAUUUUUUUAUGUGGACGUGUGCUCAACUCUCGCGAAUGACUGAAUGUUGACACUUUUGUUCGGCACCUAAAUAAAGUGCAUCCAACACGCAUACUGUAUGACAAACCAACAUGAAA